AUGCGAGCCACCGCGCAAUGCCUCGCUCCAGGCUUCUGGAGGCGAAGCCUUGACGAGUUCAAGAGGCUCUCCAACACCGCACUCAAGCUCGAAGCAUUACGAACACCCAGCUCUCGCUUCCCCUUGAUAACCUUCUCCGAGCCCUCCUCUAUCGAAGCAUGCAAGGUCAUGUCCGACGCCGACAUGGGCGGCUUCUCGCGCGCCUCGCUCGACUUCAUCCCCACGAAAGAUGACGAGCCGGCCCACGCGCGCUUUCACGGCAACAUCUCCCUCGAGCUGCCUCCCAACCGGCCCGAGAUCCAGAGGACAGGCUACGCGGCCUGGCGGACAAAGGACAGGCCCCCCACCAUGUUCGGGAAGGCGCUGUGGGAUAUCGAUCCGUACACGUACCUCGCGCUGCGCAUCAAGUCCGACGGCCGGAAGUACUUCGUGAACGUGCAGACGGAGUCGAUUGUGCCGACGGAUCUGCACCAGCACCGGCUGUAUUCACGGAAACCGGGCGAGUGGGAGACGGUGCUGAUCAACUGGACCGAGUUUGUGAGGACGAAUCACGGGCUGGUGGUUGAGCCGCAGAGGGAGAUGCUGAGGCAGAAGGUCCGCACGGUCGGCAUUGGGCUCAUUGAUAGGGUGCCCGGUCCCUUCGAUCUGUCUGUCAGCGCCAUGUGGGCCACGAACGAGACGAUCGAGGGGAGGAGGGCGACGGAGAAGCCACAGGUUUCUGGGCGCAGGGUCGACGGGGAGCUUGAAGCGGGAGAGCCGGAGAGUAUCAGGAAGCCGCCGUCGCCUGAGAAGAUAUUGUUGUAG